AUGGUGCUAGAGGUCGAGUUGUUCCGAUCCGGCCCGGGGAGCUAUUUGAUCGACAUUAUGGGCUUGGAGUUACCGACUACCUACUCCGACAUCCCCAGUGUCGUCGCCCGGCUUCGCCCAGCUUCUUUGUCCGUGGAUACGAAAGAGAAGGCCUUUCUUGUCAGUGCGCACGUCGAUUCGGCCGUUUCUGCCCCGGGCGCUAGUGAUGAUGUCGUUGGCGUUGCCGUCGGUAUGGAGGUCGCCCGCUGCAUUGCGUCAAGUACUUUUUACGAGCUCAAGCGCCCCGUUCUGUUUGUCUUCAACGGAGGAGAAGAAGCCGUGUGCACUGGCGCGCACAGCUUUGUCACUCAGCAUAAAUGGGCUUCUACUAUUGCUGCGCAUAUCAAUUUGGAGUCGUUGGGGCCUGGCUCGGCGUUCCAUCUUUUUAGAUUGAGUUCACACAACGCCUGGCUCGUUGAGGCUUUUGCGGAUUCUGUCACGUUGCCGUUGGCUUCCGUCAUCUCUUCAGAUUUUUUUGAAGCAAAGCUGAUACCGGGGGAGACAGACUUUCGCAUUUUCGAUGAAACUGGUGGCAUCCCUGGGUAUGAUGUUGUUCUUCUUGACAAUGGAUAUGUGUACCACACUGUUCACGAUAGCAUCGAAAAAGUCGAUCCUGUUGGUGUUAAGCAUGGAGGAGUCAUCACCUUGGAAUUGGUGCUUGCGAUGGCAGGAAGCGCAGAUGCGAUUGGCUUUAACGAGAGAGGAGCGGUGAAGCAAUCUAACUUCGACCGUUUCUAUCAAGCAAUCAUUAAGUUUUCCACUGCGGUGGGACUUGUGAAGGAUCCGGAGCGCCCUCGCGCAGUUUUCUUUGACUUAUUGCUGAUGAAGACCAUCGUCUAUGAGGAGGGCUUUGCCACUGUUUUCAACAUCACAGUCCUUUUAUCUACCGUUUUGAUAUGGUAUUCAAAGCUCACGAAAAUGAGUGCCGAAGAUCGACGCACGAGUUUCAGGAUGGUGGGAGUAUUACUCGCAUGUUUGUUGGGAUCGUUUGCAAGUGCGACAUUUGCAUCUCUCGUGUACGUGGAGAUUUAUGGGGCGAAAAUGCAAUGGUACGGAAGUUCUGUUCUCGCAUGUGUCAUGUUUGCUCCACCGGCUCUGUUUGGAGCUGUUUCGGCGAUGAUAUUGCUUCUGCCGCGGAGGAUGACUACUGUCCGAUACACUCAGAUGCUGUUUGCAUGCACUAUCCAUCAUGCGGCGAUGGCCUUGAUCUUCAUGUCUGUCGGCUUCAUGAGCAGCUACAUGCCUAUCUUGUUGUUGCUCGUCAACAACAUUUGUGCUUUGCAAGGAGAAGCAAUCCACCCCGUCCUUCGACACUUGCAGAUUUCAGGCGCUCACGCUGUUUUAGGUUCGGGGUUGGUGAAAGUUACUCUUUCUGCAAUCCUCCCCAUCCUGGGCCGCAUGCGCAUUGAUAUAGUGCAUCAUGACACAAUCGCUGCAUUGAUCGUGGCCUAUCUUGGCUUUUAUUUCGUCAUGCAACCGGCCCUGCCUAUCUUUUGUCAAUAUCCCUCGUCUCUUAGGAAGGUGCAAGGACUGGCGUUCUUUUGCGCUACUGGGAUUGCGGCGUAUUUCGUUGCCUAUGGACGGGCUGUUGGCGAACAAGCGGUGCAUUCUAUGUACAGUUCCGACGCACCGAAACGCAUAAUCUCUUGGCAUUUUUAUUCUCCGAUGCAGAAGCCACAGUCUGUCAUAUGCGUCGGUUCUCAAGAUGCGAUUCCAGCAGAUACUGCUCGCCUGAUGUCAAAAAUUUUUGAGACUGAGGGGAAGCGUGAAGCCUUACCCGACUACCCCUUGUGGGGUUCCAUGGAAAGCACGUCCAUCGAAACAUAUCGACCGUUUAGAGCCUUUCUACAAAGCGUUUCUACCUUUCAAGCAGAUGAACGUCCCACUUUGCCUCUCCCAACUGCGAUGGUGCUUGCAGAGGAAGAAGUCUUAGGAGGUUGGAAUGUCACUAUCCAAGUAGAGGCACAAGACUCUCAUCAUCUCACGGUGAGAUUUCCCACGGGGAACAAUACGUCUGUGGUCGACUGGUCUCUUGAUGUGCCUCUAACGGAUAGGCCCCAUGGUGCUUGGAUACGACAUGUCGGCUCGUACGAGUUUAAAUUCUGGGUUGUGCUUCGCAAAGAAGAAAAUGUGUCGGUUCGUCCGAAGCAUAAGAUCGCAGUGACGAGCUGUAGGUUGGGUGCGUCGAAGAGUCCUAGUCAUCUUUCUAAGCUCAUUGCCGAAGACUGGGAAUCUCACGCUCUGCUUGCGACAACGGGAAUGGAGUAUGAGCUGUAAGCAUUGGACUAAAGCGAGAAUAUCUUAUGCACAUGCAAAA